ACAGGAAGGUACCAUUAGUUGCCGUUGAAAAGCUAAGAAGCUAACACAGAACAACACUUUUCUUAGCAAAUAUUCAAACAGUUUAUUUACUUGUGUUAUUUAAAGAGGUCUGUGUCAAGCUAAUACCGAAAACAACUCUUCAAGGUACUUGCGCAAGGUGCUGUGCUCAGCUUCUUAAAUGCUUACUUAGCCUGGUAACAGGCCGAAGCUAACGCUAAGUUAUGUUUGUUUGGUGACGCCAAUAUCGAGCGGAUAUGGCUGCAGACUGGUUAGGUAGUUUGGUAUCAAUUAACUGUGGGCCAACGCUGGGAGUGUAUCAAGGAGAGGUGUCAUCUGUGGACCAGACCAGCCAAACCAUCUCCCUAAGACAGCCUUUCCAUAACGGAAUUAAAUGCCCCGUUCCCGAGGUCACAUUCAGUGCCAUUGACAUAAAAGACCUAAAGAUUUUAGAUAUCAGAAAUGGCAAUGCCAGGACAAACCCUAAUGCAUCUUCAAAGGUAAGCAGUGCGCCAGUUGCAGUUCCAAGGAAUGACCCCAGAUCCGUGGAGAAACUAAACUCUCCACAGCAAUGCUCCAAAAGCUAUGGAGAGCGUCAUGUAGAUGCACUGGGUCAGCCUAAAGGAUUCCGUAGAAGACACAAUUCCUGGUCAUCUAGUAGUCGAGGGGCAAAUCAAGUGACACCAAAAAAGAAUGGAUUGAAGAAUGGCCAAUUGAAGCAAAGAGAUGAUGAGUGUUUUGGAGACGGUGUGGAUGAUGACCUGGAUACAGACUUUGAUUUUGAAGGAAACUUGGCACUUUUUGACAAAGCAGCUGUUUUCUCAGAGAUAGACACAUCAGAGCGCCGUAAUGGUGCAAGGUCACGUGGGACGCCUCAAGACCAGACACCCUCACGGUACCGUCAUGAUGAGAACAUUCUAGAGGCCAAACCAAUUGUGUACAGACAGAUUAUUGUACCACAGCCUGGGGCCAAAGAGUACUGCACUGACUCUGGACUUGUUGUACCGAGUAUAUCCUAUGAACUGCACAAGCGUCUGUUGUCUGUUGCUGACCGUCAUGGUCUCACACUGGAGCGAAGACUUGAGAUGACUGGAGUAUGUGCCAGUCAGAUGGCACUUACAUUGUUAGGAGGGCCCAACAGAUUCACUCCCAAAAAUUUACACCAGCAUCCCACGGUGGCAGUACUUUGUGGUCCUCAUGUUCAGGGAGCUCAGGGCAUCAGCUGUGGGCGUCACCUAGCUAAUCAUGAAGUGGAGGUUGUAUUGUUCCUGCCGAAUUUCGUCAAGAUGCUCGACUCUGUAACUAGUGAGCUUACGCUUUUCAACAAGACUGGUGGGAAACAGGUGUCCAGCAUCAAAGACCUUCCAGACACCCCAGUGGAUCUAAUCAUAAACUGUUUAGACUGCCACGAGAACACAUUCCUUAUGGAUCAGCCUUGGUACCGAGCAGCUGCUGACUGGGCGAACCAGAACAGAGCACCAGUGCUAAGCUUGGAUCCCCCUGUAAGUGGGCAGGGGCAUGCUGUUGAAGCCAAGUGGUCCCUCUCGCUUUGCCUCCCACUUCCUCUGGGUGAGGGGGCCGGCAGGGUUUACCUGUGUGAUAUAGGUAUUCCUCGCCAGGUUUUCCAGGAAGUGGGAAUCAAAUACCAUUCUCCUUUUGGCUGCAAAUUUGUCAUCCCCUUGCACUCUGCAUAGUAUUAGAUUAAAGCUUUCACCUUCCUUGACCAAUUGAGGUUUUGGCGCCUUACAUUCCAGAGUCUAAGCUGAUUUUCAGUUCAGCUGGGAAGUUUCUAGUUUGACAUUUGAACUGGGGCUUUCCCUUAUACUGAAGGACUACUGUUACAGUUCAGUAGAUCUGCAGACAUUACUAUGUAGAUGGAAGAAGAGAAAGCCUUCAAGUCUUUACUUAAAAAUAUAUCUUCACUAUCUUAAACUGUAGGUAGUAGUAUAGUUUAAGAUGGGUUAGUGCUACUAAAGUGUCAAAGAUGGUGGAACUUCAUGUUUUGUUUUAAAAUGAAUCGGACAAUCUCUGACUUGGAAGAAAACAAAUAAUCUGAAUGUCAUUGUAUUUUUGGUCCCUGAGCCAUCUGUUUAUGUAUGUAUGGAUCCAUCGCAGAAAUUAAGAUCUGAUCUUGUUUUUUUUUUUUACUUCUAAGGUUCAGUUUGUGGUUUAAUCACGGUUCCUCAUGAUGUAAUUUUUGUUAUCUGCACCAGUCAUCGUGGGUCUGCAGGAACCUUCUUUGACUUUCUAAUGCAGAAUUACAUUUUUGGACUGUAUGGAUGGAGGAACACACAGAAUGCUCAUUAUCCAGAAAAACAAAGUGUAGUUACUUGAUGUAACAGAGGCGGCGUUAAAAGCCUUUAUCUGCACAUUAACUUAUCAUUCAUGAUUGAAAGUGUUGAUUUGCAAAAGCAUGCAAAUAACAUUUACGGUCAGGCGUUUCUUGUUUUUGGGGCAACACAGGAGAUCUUUUUGGCGCAAGUUGGCAUCGUUUUCCCUCCUAAUACUUAUGCACAGGAUUUGAGGGGGAAUGUGUUUUAUUUUGGUACAGUGGUGUUAGAUGAUCAGAUACACCAGUGUGUUUGAAACUUCCAGUUCAACUACAACUCACUGAGAUGUUUGACUGCCACUUGUAUGAUUUAGAUCUUUCUUUUUUUUCCUGAAGUUCUGUAUGCAUAUUAUUAUGGAAGCAGAUUCUGAAACAUUGUAGUCCAUCACAGCAAAUGUCAAGUGUCUGUUUUGGCUGUGAUGGAUUUUUGUUGUUUUUGUAAGCAAAUGCCGACUUCAGAGUCCUUCAUCACAUCAGAUUAACAAGAAAUGUUGCAGACUUGCCGUAAAGUCGAUUACAUCAAUGCGGCAGGUUUCACAGUUUAUGUCUUGUGUUGUACUGAAGCCAAUGGAAGAUGGAUGUCUGGAACAUUAGACAAAGUCCAGCUGAAAGUGGUGUAAGAUAAUUAUUGUGUGGCCUUAAAAACCACUGGCACAAUCCUUUAAGUGUUUAAGUUGAAUUCUAACCAUAGUGGGUCUGUUUUCUUCUCUUUUUAAUGAAAACUGUCAGUUGACAAAGUAAGCUGAAUGUUUUCAUUGUGUAAAAUUCAACUGCGUUUUGAUUGGUCUGUGCUGAGUUUAAGCUGCACUUAAACACUGAGCAGUUUCUAUGAAUCACUGGUUGGGUCAUAUACAAAUAACUGAAACAACUUUUUCUUGUUUGUAUCUUCAGACUUUUUUCGUAUUUAAGGGUGUUUAAUGGAUAUUUAACAUUACACUGAAGCAUAGACUGUGAAAACAACUCACAAAGAGCUGCUUUUAUUCUGCUGUCUUUUGAGGCAUUGACAGGUUGUUGGCGCAGCUCUUGUAAUUUCUUUCUGAUAGUGAAAUCCAAACUGCUGGUCCUUUAAUACCAUGGAGAUUUGAAACGAGUGCAGAACUGAGUUCCUGAGCCUGUAUAAUUGCACUCAUUAACAUGUCCUUUAAUGUUGAUUUCUGUGCCCUGUUUAAGGGCAGUGUACUUUGGAUGCUAUGUUAAAGCAGUCUGACUUGUCAAGAUAGAAAAAUUAGGUACUCUUUGGGAAAUUAUAUUGUGUACUAUAUUAAGUCCACAUUUGAUCAUCAAAGAAUCAAGUCAUUGAAACUUGUUGUCUGUACAGAAUUUAUUUGAAUAUUCAAUGAAAGUUAUUGCUGUGCACAAUAGUUUUGUCCUUUUUCCAACAUUCCUCUGGCCUGAUGUGUAACGUCACAUCUGUUGAGACAAGUCUGGCCUGGAAACUCAGCCAGUGUUACUGAAUGUGAAAUCAAAUUGUUUGUCUUUGGCCACUAGGAGGCAAUGAAACAAACAUUUUUGUGCUGUGAUGGCAGCUUUUUGUAUUCUAUUUUUUCCCCCCACAAAUGAGUAUUUUUUCUCACAAAAUGUGAAUUUUUGGAGAGAACGUGGGGUAUUUUUUUUUCUUCUUUUUUUUCAGUAAAACACGUUUGAUAAAAAAAAAUAGCAGGCAAUGCAUUUUGAGUUUUAACAAGUUUGAAAGUUAAAAAAAAUUCCUGAUCAGCUGUGGGUGUUGAGUAAGAUCACCUCCCAGUAGACUAUGGGAGGUUUUGUCUGUACAGGAACUUUUAUUUAGAGGCUGGAGUUCACCGUCAUGCCUCUUGUGCACAAAAAGCAGUUUUCAUGUGUCAUGUCUGCAGAUUAAACCAAUAAAAAUAAAUACACUA